CUUAUCUUCCAGCUAAUGUUUUCUUUUCUUUUUAUCUCUUUUUUUUUCCCUCAUAUAUUAAUCCCAAGUUUCAAAGCAAUUUUCAUAUGAUUUGUGCCCACAAAUUCACUCUUCCACAAACUUUAUUUUAACAAGGUAAUUUUCAAUAAAUAAAUAAACUACUACCUGAGAUUCCAAAAUAACAGAUGGCAACAAAAACAAAAGAUAGUACUAGUGUUGUGGGGAAUAAGGAGAAGAAAACCACAUCAUCAAAUGCUCCAAAAAGGACCACAAGACCAUCCACAACAAGUUCUGUAGAGAGUUCUACCACUCAAUCAUCAGAAAAACAUGUCCCAAAUUAUCUCAAACCAACACUUAGCUCACAACCAAGGUCACAAUCCUUCAAGCUUCCAAGAAAUGAUGCCUCAAACAAGCCUUAUCCAAAUAGAAGAAGAUCUUUUGAUAAACCACAAUCACUUUCAAGGGUACCAAAACAAACACCAGUAGCUUCUCCUUCAAGACUACAACACAAACCACUUGUUAGAAACAUAAUUAUCCCUUCUUCAAAAUCCAUUUCAAAGAUUAAUCCGAAAGGCGGUGUUAAAAAGAAGACUAAUUCUUCUGUUAACACAAAGAAUGUUGCUACUACAAAGAGUACUAAUAAUGAAGAAACAUCUGAAGCAAUUAAUGUAGUUGAAAAUGAGCCGGAAGUUAAAGAAGCUAUUAUAAAUGAAGAGAAUGUUGAAGAAAAAGUUGAGAAUUUAGCUGAGAUUAUUCCACCACAGGUUGAAAAUGAUCAAGUUGAAGUUGAACAGACUCAUGGGCAGGAUCAAAAUCUUGAACAUAUUGAAUAUCAUGAUAGUGAGAAGGUGAAGGAGGAAAUUCCUAUAGUGUUAGAAGAAGAAGAAAAACAAGAUCAAACCAAAGAAGAGAAUAUAACAAAUUACAAAGAGGAAUGUGAUAACAAAGAAAUAAAUCAUUCAACAAAUGAAGAAGAAGUUGAAGUGAAAGAAGAAAACGAAGAAGAGUUGGAGAAGGAAGAAGUUGAAGUGAAAGAAGAAAACGAAGAAGAGUUGGAGAAGGAAGAAGUUGAAGUGAAAGAAAAAAACGAAGAAGAGUUGGAGAAGGAAGAAGUUGAAGGAGGAAAAUGUGAAGAGGAAAAUGAACAAGUGGAGAGUGAAGUUAAAGAAGAAGAAGAAAAGAAAGUGGAUUCUUCAUCAAAGGAAGAUGAAGAUGAAAGUUGUGUGGUGCAAGGAAAGAAAGAGUCUCAAAUAUCAAAUGAUGUUAUUCAAGAAACUGCUAGCAAGCUAUUAGAAGAGAGAAAGAAUAAGGUUAGACAAUUGGCUGGUGCAUUUCAAACUGUCAUUGAUCAUCAAACCAAAUGAAAAUGCAAAAUAUUUUGCAUUUGGUUUCAUGUGAGAAAUGGUGAUGAUGACAUAUAUUGGCUUGAUGAUAUUCUUAGCUAGAUGCGUACAUAAACAUGUGUAAUUGUAAUUAAUACCAUUGUAAAAUUACGGUAUUUUAAGCUUUUGUAAUUAUAUAUGUAUAAUGAUAAUUACAUUUUCUUUUGUUAUUUAUUUAUUUAUUAUACUAUUGUAUUGUAAG